AGGAAGCGGCAGCGGGGGUUUGAGAUGUUCGGCCUCAAGAGAAACACGGUAAUCGGACUCAACUUCUACUGUGGGGGGACCGGAUUGGGACCAGGUAGCGGCAGUGGCAGUGGCUCCUCUCCUCCGGGGAGGUGGCUUUUGGCUGAGGGAAAGGAGGCCACGGCCCUGCGGGAGGGAGGGGGAGGGGAAGCCGGCCCCCCGGCCACUCUCGCGCCCGACUCCCGGAGGGUCACGUGGCCCUCACCCACUGUUGCCGAGGGCCCCGACGUCACUGCGACCCCCGCCAGACUGCGCUUCUUCGCGCCCACCCGCCGUGCCUUGCCACCUGAAGAGAUGGAAUCCUCGGCCUCCGACGCCAUCAUGUCGCCCGAAGAGGAGCUGGAUGCGUGGGAGCCGGAGCCUCUGGGGAAGCGGCUGGCCAUCCUGCCUUUGCUGGAGUCGGUCGGGGAGGCCAGUAACAGCCCCGGCACGGACGGCUCACUCCCCUCGACGCCGCCCCAAGCAGAGGAGGAGGAGGACGAGUUGUACCGGCAGUCCCUGGAGAUUAUCUCUCGAUACCUCCGGUAGCAGGCAACCGGCUCCAAGGACGUGAAGCCGCUGGGUGGGUCUGGGGCCGCCGGUCGGAAGGCGUUAGAGACCCCGCGACGGGUCAGGGAUGAUGUGCAACGCAACCAAGGCAUGCUUCGGAAACUGGACAUCAAAAACGAAGACGAGGGCUUCCCUGACGAUGUCAAAUCUUUGUCUCAAGUGAUGGUCCAUGUUUUCAGUGACCAAGUAACAAACUGGGGCAGGAUUGUGACUCUCCUUUCUUUUGGUGCCUUUGUGGCCAAACACUUGAAGAGUAUAAACCAAUAAAGCUGCAUCGAACCAUUAGCAGAAAGCAUCACAGAUGUUCUUGUAAGGACAAAACGAGACUGGCUAGUCAAACAAAGAGGCUGGGAUGGGUUUGUGGACUUCUUCCAUGGAGAGGACCUAGAAAACGGCCUCAGAAAUGUGCUGCUGGCUUUUGCAGGUGUUGCUGGAGUAGGAGCUGGUUUGGCGUAUCUAAUAAGAUAGCCUUUUAAGUGCAAUAAUUGACUCUUAACCAACUCCAGCCACCAAAACCACAUACGCCUGCUGUGAAAUCAGAUGUAUUUAUGAAAUUGGACUUCAGGCUGUGCAGGCCAUAAUCUCCAAGAGUUCUAUGCUAGC